AUGAAUUUGGCUAGACAUAAUUAUCAAGAUCAUCUACCAUAUAAAGAUAAAGCAAAUAUUUUGGCCGAAAUUAGAUCAUUCCUCAAAGAUUUACUUGUUAACUCUCACGACAACAAUUAA